ACACGCUGCGACGAGAGAGGAGCACAGAGAUAGAUCUCUCCUUAAUCGCUCGGACCGGACGCCUCUUCAUCAUCAUUAGGAUGAUGCUUAUGGAUCGAGAGAGAAGGCUUUCUGCUCGCAAUGUCUACGGUGGAGGAUUCUUAGAUCGAUCCCGCCGCGAGAAGAGUCCUUGUAGAUCCUCCAACAACAUCCUUCGGAUCCCGUCGCCGACGUCGUCCCCUCCACCUUCAACCUCUCCCCCGCCAUUUCCUGGCUCCAACUCCCCAGAGCGUGGCGGCUAUAUCGAGCACCGCGUAUCCAAGUUUGAUACUCUCGCCGGCAUUGCCAUCAAAUACGGCGUUGAGGUUGCAGAUGUUAAGAAGAUGAAUGGGCUUGUUACUGAUCUUCAAAUGUUUGCUCUCAAGUCUCUUCAGAUCCCUUUACCUGGAAGACAUCCUCCUUCCCCCUGUUUAUCUAAUGGCUCCCUAAACCAUGGAGAGGGAUGUUCAUGCCGCGAACUGGAACCACCAAACCAUAGCAACGGCGACGUCUUUGACUCAUUCCACUCUCUGAGAUUGAAAUCUUCUGAAAAGAAAGUUUCUCCAGCCAUGCACUCCCUUCGAGGUUACUACGGGCUAAAACCAGCAAACAGAACAGUCUCUGUAGGAAGAAGCUUGGAGAUGGGAAAUUACAAGACAGAAGAAAACAACGGUGAUAGUCAAUACCUCAGACCUUUCCCAUCCACAAACACUCCUUUGAACCACCACAGGAAAUCUAGAAGCUUAGUUAACGCACUUCUCGAAGAGGUUAUCAACCAAUCACCCGAUAACAACAACACACAUCAAGAUUCAAGUUCGGAUAAGUUUAUUAGAAGACGCCAAAAAUCUGAAGCCGAUUUCUCAUCAUCACGCACUCCAGAGCUUCUCUUGAAAGAAGAGAACGGUAGCAGCAACGGAGGGUUUUUAUCAAUAGCCGGGAAAGGCCUAGCUCUGAGAUCGAAAGCCUCGAGCAGAACCAAUCUAUCAGCAGAAUCCGAGACGACUACUAGUAAUUUCAAUCCGGUACCAAUGAACUUGAUGGAUGUUCCAGUUUCAGACAGCUUUAGCAGUGUAAGAAAAUCGUCGAGUGCAUCUAGUCUACAAGAUCCAGACUGUAGUAACGGUUCGUCAUCACUGUCUUUAUGGCCGACUUCUAAAUGGAGCUUGAAACCUGAUUUGCUCACGCCUGCGGCUAUUACAAGCUCAAUCUUUGAUGGAUUACCAAAGCCUUUAACAGGGAGGAGAAACAAGGCUGCUUUGGACUGAAAAAACAAGGUCAGUUUCUUUGUUAUUUAACUGUCCAAUUCUUUUUUUUUUUAAACUAUACAAAUCAAAAGCAGAAAAAAAUUAGCAUAAUGCCAGUAAAUAGAAGGAAAGAGAUUAGAGAAAAAUCUGAAGAAGGGAGAAAGCUUUGUGAUAGUGAAUGUGAUGAUGGUUCCUUUUUGUAAGUUAUACAAAUAUUUUGUACCAUUGGGUGUCAUCUUAGCGCAGUCAUUUUCUUCUUCUUCUAAAGAUGAUGAUCGUUGCCCACACAAUACUGAAUUGUAUUUUAUGCAUCUAUUCAGUUAAGUAUUUGUUAAAUGAAAUAAAAAGGCUCUUUGGUA